AACAUUGUGAAUUUCCUGAACAGUCUGAACGCAUUGCAAUAACAGAGUAACAAAAAUAAUCAACAAUAGAGAAUAACAAAUAAAUUCUCCCUUAAUAAUUCGAUCUUAAUUUAAACUUUGACAUGUGGCCAAAGAGUCCGCGUAUUCGUAGCUAUGAACAAAGCGACGAUUCGCCGCGUUCCAAAGCCCCACGGACGCCGUAUAACAAAAGUUCUAUGGGUUCCCAGGCCAGAGGCAAAAACUAUCCCGGCCAGCGUUUGCUGAAGAAGCGACAGAGCUUUGAGAAUAGGCAGCAGCUAACAAGGCUGCCGAAACCAAUGUUUCUGACACCAUCAUCCUCGGAUCACUCGCUGAGCAACAGCGUCUCUAGCUCUAGCGAUUCUGCGCGCACAGUUCAGCAGCCAAAGGGAAAGAAACAGGCAGCACCUGCGGCUGCUCCUCCUGAUGCUGCUGCUGCUGUGUUGCCUCCAUACUUAACACUAAAGCGUCAGCAGACGGCAGCCAUUCUGAACUUCCGAGCACGCAAAUCGGUGUCUCAGAUGGACUUCAAGGAGGCUCGUCGUACCGGCAACUAUCAACUGGUGGCGCAUGUUCCCACUAACUCCAAUGCGGUAGUGUCCACGUCCAAGCAAGAGAAUCAGCUAACCAUCAAGGAUGACAACUUGGCGCAACUGUUGUUCCAGGAUGCCUCACAACUGUGCAGUUCACCGCAGGCCAAAGUCCGUUUUGUGGUCAAUGGGGAUGAUCAGGAUGUGCGCCUCGCCAGCUUGCGUGUUUUCAACACCAUCAUGCUGCGCUCCUGGCGACGACGACGCGAAGAAGUGCAACAUCUCAGCGAACAGGUGGAGGAUUUCAAGCGGAAUUUUGUUAAAAAUCGCAAUCAACUGCAUGUGUACAACACGCUCUUUGCCGUGGAGAAGCGUCGCAAUGAUACGCUCAACGAUCAGCUGAAGCAAUCGUACAUUGACAGCGCGAAGACAAAGUUAUCCUACAAUGAGCUCAACUUGGUGUUGGAUCAAGUCAACAAGGAGAAGGUCCGCUUAAUCCAGGAGAACGUCAGCAAGCAGCAAGAAAUUGAUAAUCUUCAAGAGCUGCUCUCUUCCACUAAAAAAGAGUUGUUCAAGGCCAACGCAUUGCAGCGUGAGCAGUUGGAGCAGCUGACACGCGUUCAGCUGGAGUGCCAGGGUGCAAAGUUCGAUAUCGAGGAGCUCACUGGGCAGCUGUUGGCACUUAAAUCGGAGCUAUCCGAGAAGCAACAGUAUGUGGAUAAGUUGAGAGAGAAUAUUAAACUCGUUGUGGAGCAACUGCAGCAAUCGGGCACGAAUCUGGUGGAAUACAAAUGUGAGAUGGAGAUUCAUAUUAGUAAAUUGAUGAAACACGCCGAAGAACUGGAAGAGGAACUCAAAGCAAAGGAGGAGCGUGUAGUCACGCUGCAAAACUGUCUGGCUGCCACAGUGGGGCAGCGUAUUCGCACGUGCCUCGCUCAGGGUCAAGCUUAUCAACAUGCCACGUUCCGGCUGAUGCACUUCUUUGCUUAUUACAUGUUUCCGGGUACGCCGCCACCUGCUUUGCCACUCCUUCCGACUGCAGUGAAAAGUCUGCGAGGCAUCUUCAACAGCAACGAUGACGAACUCAAGGACAUUAUACAUGGCAGCGAGAGUUCAGCUACAAUCUCUAAAUUUAAAUAGUUACGUUUUUACAAUGUUAUAUUACUUAGUUGUCUGUUAAUUGUUUGCGAUUACUUUUACAAUGUUUGAAAAUUCGUUUAAAUUUAAAUAGUUGUAUUUAACGAAAUAAAAGUUCUAUGUUUGCG